CUUCAGAAGGAAAAGCAGGUCACUGGUCAGAGUCAGAGAGGAGUUACUAUUUAAUAUUAUAGAUAGGAUUAUAUUUGUCAAUAUGUGGUUCAAGGGUGAACUAUUGGAAAGAAAGAGUUUCCCGUUCAUUUGGCAGGAAACAGUACUGUUUUAUGCAACAUUAUAAUUUAUUAUGUUUAUUCACGCGUUUCCAGUGUGAAGACUUGAAAUAGCAAGUUUUGAAAAUACAUUUCCUGAUUGUGAAUUCCAGUUGGUUUCUACAACUCCGCAAAUAUGAGCGAAAAUAAAAAAAUACGAGUGGGUUCCAGAAAAAGCGAGCUUGCACUUAUACAAACCAGACAUGUCAUUGCAUUACUAAAAGACUGUUUUCCGGAAAAGGAAUUUGAAAUAGUUACUAUGAGCACAUUAGGUGAUAGAGUUCUUGAUAUCGCUUUACCCAAAAUUGGAGAGAAAUCCCUGUUCACAAAAGAACUUGAGACUGCCUUAGCAACAGGGUGUGUGGAUUUUGUGGUUCAUUCUCUGAAGGAUCUUCCUACAUCUCUACCGGAUGGUAUGGCCAUUGGAGCUGUACUGACAAGGGAAGAUCCUAGAGAUGCUUUGGUUCUCCAAAAAGAUUUGAAAGACCUUUCACUAGCAACUUUACCCCAGAAGAGCGUAAUAGGCACUUCUAGUCUAAGAAGAACAGCCCAGUUGGCUAAAAACUACCCUCAUCUUAAAGUAGAAAACAUCAGAGGGAAUUUGAAUACUAGGCUGAAAAAACUGGAUGAUUUAGGAAAGUACCAAGCCAUUAUUUUAGCUACCGCAGGUUUGGUAAGGAUUGGAUGGAAAGAGAGGAUUUCAAGGAUUUUAACUGAAGAUGAACUUCUUUAUGCUGUGGGACAAGGAGCCCUAGCCGUAGAAUGUCGAGCAGACAAUGAGGAAAUCAUCAGCAUACUCCAGCCAUUGUAUGACCUUCCGACUGCCUUACGAAUCACAGCUGAAAGGAGUUUUCUCAAAACUCUAGGGGGAGGUUGCAGUGCUCCGGUAGCAGUCAGCUCAGAACUGAAGGUGACAAAAGAAAACCAGUAUGAUUUGAGCCUGAAAGGAGCGGUUUGGUCUUUGGAUGGUAAAGAAGAAGUAAUCGAUUCAGAUAAUACAGAAAUAACGGUCAAGAAGGAUUUGAGGUGUACAAAUUGUCCCUACAGAGGUACUGACAAACCUCUGGGAGACAUAGAAACCUGCGGAGACAAAUGCUCUAUCACUUCUAACGGACCUUCAUCCAAAAGACCCAAACUGGAUGACAUUCCGAACGACAUCCUAGAUAAAGACCCCCAUGAUAAGUGCCCAAUGCAACUACCAGUGGGCGUGGAUUUCAUGGGUAAAUGUCCGUACCUUGAGAACCAGCUGGAAUACGAGACGAAUAAAUGCCCAGUGAGUGGCAAAAUCGAAUCUGCUCGCUAUGAGGGCAUCACAAAAUGCCCCUUUCUUCAAAAUGGGGUGCUGGCCAUCCCCAGCACUAGCAGAAGACGGAGCUCAGCAGGGUCGGAAACCGAUAGCAAACUGUUUUGUGGUUUGGUGCCCCACAAAGACGACACACUAGGCGGGUUGAAGAGUGCUAGAAAGCUGGGAAAGAAGCUGGCUGAGGAUCUGAUCAGCCGAGGUGCCUUGGAGGUUAUGUCAAAGGCUCAGGCUAUUGUUCACGGACAGGCUCAAGCUUUAGUUGGUGCUUUCAGUUGAUUUUCUAUUCGUAGGGUUGUUAGGUUAUGGGGUUAAUUUCUUUUAGGAUGAGGGGUUUGGAACAAACAAGUAGACAAGUUAGUAAAAGAUGUAUUUAUAGUUGUUUAAAGAAAGUAUAUUAAUUAAUGAUCAAAAUUGAAUAUAGAGUAUGUAUUUUUGACAAACUACAACUACCCACUGAGAUGGUUCCUGAAUUACGCAGGCAGUAAUUAAUUUAUUAUUUUUCUCCGAUCAUGAGAUGGGAAUGGCAUGAUAUUACCAUGACAAACAAGGUGCGUUAUAACAAUAAAAUAUAGGACGUUUUUCUGUUCAAAUUGAAGACAUGAGAAAAUUGAGUUGUUGGAUAACAUUUCCAAACUCUUGAGUAAAAUAAUAGAAUGUGUUCCGAUUUCCAACUUUUUUUACUAUAAUGGGAUUAUACUUGAGAAUAUCCUAUUUUUUAUGUUAUAUUCUUGAAAAAGAAUUCUAGUUAUUAAUUCGUUCAACAAUUGUGUCGAAUCUUUUUUCUGGGUUUAUUGGUCAUGAUUGCAGGUUUUAUGAAAUGAUUUAUAAACAUGGUAAAUAUGUUUUCUCAAGAGUGGGGUAAUAACUUUGUAUAUAAAUUUGUUUUCUCGAGAGUGGGGUAAUAACUUUUUUUAUAAAUUUGUAAAUUAGGAAAUAUUGUAUAUUUGUAUUUUAUCUGCAUAUUUGUCUUUGUUCAAAAUCUUAAUUAAUUGAUUGAAUAUAUGGUGCAAUCUCUUUUCAACUAAUGUCUUCAAUGUUGUUUAUUUUUAUCUACAAGUGAAUUAUACCAGUUUUCAUAGUUUUUAUAUAUGGGAGUCGUUUUUGAUACCUAUAAUUGUUAAUAACUUGUUAAAUCAUUUUUGAAUAAAUUUGUAAAUGUUAA